UAUAUACGAUCGAGAGCCGGCAUUGGCCUCCCUCGUGAUAAAGCACGCCACGAUAUUCUUCUUCUACCUGACGCAACCGUAUCGCGGGCAACCUUUAAAUAGAUCGUGGUAUACGGCUCGUUAUAAACGUAGUGAAUUCGUUUAGCGUGGCAGAUCGUGGCGCUUUCGUGCGAGGCAAGGAGACGAGAAGAGGAACGGCGAUCGAAAGGGACGCGGAUAUCGAAUCGAUCGGACACGGCCCGGACAAAGAACAGCUAGUGGAAAAGAAAAGAGGAGAGAAGGAAGAAGAGGAAGAAGAAGAUGAAGAAGAAGAAGAAGAAGAAGAAGAAGAAGAUUCCUUUACUGACAUUUCGCGUUGGAUUCUUCUUCUUCUUCUUCUGGUACCGGUUGCGUAUCGUAAUCGAAGUAACUGGGCCUCGGACGGGCACGGACAAUAACCACGUAUUCCGCAGAAGCAGGUGAUCUCUCGCGCGAGAGUAGAGGACAGGACGUUCAGAAAUCAAGCCUACCUUGAGAGACGAAUCUUUUUGCCUUGCACCGCGCCGCUGACAAGACACGAUCCUAUAUAUAUAUAUAUAUAUACGAGAAAUCUCUUCCAGAGAUAUCGCCUCCCGUUUUAAAGAGUUAAUAUCUGUUCGAUGCAUUAAGACGAGGCUGCCGAGAGAUUCUCAUAAGGAUCUCGAACGUUUCGUUCCUAUCUACCUCGGUCGGGUCGUGGUAUAUAUCUCGUAAUAGGCUCUCCAUGACGCGUCGAUCGAGGUAAUUAAGGUGGCGUACGUUCCGCGAAACAUGUGGACGCUUUUAAAAUGAUAUCCACCUCUAUUUCUCGUGACCGUAGGUGCGCAUUAAACUGGUUAAAAAUAGAACCGAAGCGUAUUUGAAAGCGUAUUGUGAAGCGAUUACGAGUUUUUUCAUUAUACGAUACGAGGAGAUACCACCAUCCUCCCCUCCUCCCCUUACUCCCCUCCCUUAAUGGGGGCCGGUCAAUGUCGGUGCAGAAAAAACUAAGCGCGGAAAGAGCGAGGAAUAAGAAUAGACGGCGCCAAAGGCUUAACAAGGAAACCGGUUCAAAACCUCCUGCGCCUGUGUACCGACUUUCAUGAGAGAUUCCAACGAGUCACUUCGACCACCGUGUGCAAUAUAUUGGACGUGAGUAUGAUUCCCGUAAUACCUUCAACUACGAUCGCAACCGUGCGUUCCCUUCGUCGAGCAAUUAGCUAUUUCUACGUCACGUCAAGAGGUAUUCGCCAAGUUGGAAACGAACGUUGAAUCUUGACCUCUUCCCCGGAGAAGGAGGAGGAGGAGGAGAAGGAGGGGGAGGAAGAGGAGAGUCGAGAGAGAGAGAGAGAGAGAGAGAGAGAGAGAGAGAGAGAGAAAUUCGACGAAGAAGGAGCAUGUAUGUAUUUCGAAGUAGGAAACGUUCGCGGCCGAUUUGAACGGCGUCUCUCAAAGCCGCAAUUUACGUCCAUCGGCGACAAGCGGCAGAUACGAUAAUAUCGUUAAUGCAUCCGAUCGUCGGAAUAGAAAAUGGUGAUUUUAAGGGAUGGUAUGCGGCGCGUUCUCGCCAGCCACGCUCAGAAAUGAAGUCUACCUUGAGGUCGGUGUCUUUUUUGCGCCUACCCGUCGAUACAAUUCCAUUCAGGACGAUGAAGACCGUGAAAAGACACCAAAGAGAAAUUCCAUCCAUUGCGACCGUCAGCGUAAAACAAACUAAACGAUGGAACAACGUUAUUAAUAGCGUGUACCGCCACUCGCAAAUAGAUCGGGGCGCCGAGUUCAGCAACGAGUUCCAUCCCGACCGCUGUCUGCUUUCACGCUUCAUUUUCCGUUUCCAAUAGUUCUCAAAUCCAAUCCCAUAAUUCUUGUCCCAAUCUUAAUCCAAUCUUAUUCCAAUCUUAUUCCAAUCUUCUGCUUCGUUGUAUAUACGAAUACACUUUGGCGCGAAAAAAAAAAAGAAAAAGAAAAAGAAAAAGAAAAAGAAAAAUUUUUAUUAUUCGCGUUUGCUCGAUUCUCGUUAAAACGAAGCAUCCGGUUCGCCAAGAAUCUCUGCUCGAUAAGGAAAAAGGAAGAUGGGGAGAGAUAGAGAGAGAGAGAGAGAGCGCACGUUGGUACGCUCGCAAGUGUAUGGUGAAAAGUUGGCCGAGAGAGUAAAGUUCGCGAGGGGAAGGAAGGAAGGAGAGUACGGGCGCGAGAAGCCGUGUCAACGAACGCACCGCAUCAUCCUCUCUAACCCUCCGGCAGCGCGAGGGUCUAUUGUGGCUAGUUUUUUCUCUGACCUUGUCACCUUGCAGGUUUUUUGCCGCGGCCAAGUCGAUUACAUUUCGGAUCGGUUCCUCCGUAUCCCCCGUCCACGUCUCGCGCUAUCCCGCUCUCUCGUGCCCGCCCGUCCCUUCGUGGGCUCCGCUCGUCCUGCUCUAGGUUAGUCAGUGAAUCAUCUUCAACGACCCCCUCCUCUGGGAUCCGGGCAGAAGACUCUUAAGGGGGCCCACAGCGCAGCGCGAGGCCAGUCCGAGAACGCGACCCUAACACUAACAUCCGGUGUAUUCCGAGAGUCGGAAACGGAAACGGCUGCUUGAUCGAUUAAUCGACACGACACGCCACCAUGAAGAUCGCUCUGCUGCUGCUGCUCGUCGCGGCCUUCGCCUCAGGCCAAAGGAUCACGACGAUUCAAUUGGAUGGCGUGCAAUACUUCGUUUCAAGGAUGAAUCCCUACAGUCCCGAAUUGAACUAUUUCCUGGCAUACCAAUAUUGUCGUUCACUGGGUCUUCAGUUGGCCUCUUUCGAGACAAAGGAAAAAGCCGACACGAUGACGCAGUACUUGAAAAACGCCGGCUACGUUAAAUACGACUUCUGGACGUCCGGCAACAAGUUGGGCACGGACAUGUUCCUGUGGAUGAGCACAGGUCUUCCCUUCAAUGCCACCUUCGACUACAUGUUGAGGCGACCUGGCAACAGACCUGCUGACGUCCCACCCGGCACUGAGCCUCAACGAGUGGCGCGUGAAAGCGGUGACAGCGGGAGCGCGGACGGAUGCGUCGCCAUGGUGGCACCCACGUUAGCCUGGGAGGCGCAAGAUUGUACCCUGGUUAAGGACUUUAUCUGCGAGCAAACAAGAUGCUACUACUACAACUACGGAAGCAUUCCAGUCUCUGCGACUCAGGGAAAUCGCAGACCCUAUAUAACAACGACCUCUGCGCCAGCCAGCGACGACCAGGUCGACGAGCACGAGGAAGGCAACGCCGGCAAGAACGACGAGCAAAAUCAGAGUAACGUCGACGAGAAAUCAACACCGGAGGAGGAGGAGGAGGAGGAGGAGCAGAGCAGCUCCUUCGAGGAGAAAUCGCCUGAAGAUCCGGUCGUCAGCAGGCUUAUUACCACGGCCGUUCCCGCGUCUGACAAGCAACAAGCCGCAUUGGCACCGUCCACGCCCUCGCCCGCCGUCACCGAGGAUCACGAGCGACCGACCGACGCCGAUCUCGACAACGCGAGGCCCGAGCAUCUUCUCGACAUCACGAGCCUCUUCACCGACACCCCAGGCCCCCAGGCCAGAAAGGACAACGUGUUCGAGGGGCUCCAAACCCGCGAGGUUCAUCGCUCCUCUCUACGCUCGGCCUCCAACAUGAAGGCCGAGCAUCGAGAGUCGCCGGACUACUUCGAGGUGCGCGGCGAGACCGAGGCGCCCAACAACGGUUUGGAAGACGCUCACACGGUCGGCCCUUACGACAGCGUCCAAGAUUACUACGCGAACGACCAACCCGAGGCGGGCGAAUCAUCGAUGAUGAAAGAUCAGGACGACGACAGCAGCACGAUCCUGCCAGAAGCGGAACCGGCCUACAGGUACAACAUCAAAGUGCGCACCAACGGCAAAGUAUUAGACCCUCCGUCCAAGUAACGCUUUACAAUUUAGGCAAUUCGUCACGAUUAUUCGUCGAUAAGUGAUGAAUGUAAGGGAGAUUCUUGAAGGAACUAGAUAUAUCAAUGUACGUUAUUUUAUGUGUAUAUCGCAACGGACAAACGAGAGAAUCGCGCGACCCCAUCGCGAUGAUUGGUGGGGCUCCGUUCGUCGCCAUUCAUCGCUCAUCCAUUUCGUUCUGAUUUCGAAACGAAUUCCCGGUAGUGCUCGUCGGGAUGAUUUCUUUCACGCCACACAUAUUCAUCACACGUGUCGUCGGGGCUUCCGCUCGACGGAAGGAAAAACGUUUUUGCAAUUUUCGUUUUCGGGGAUAAGUUGCUGCUCUCCGUAUCCGUGGAUCUCUGUUCGAAACAACCGUGCAAUCGCGUACGAAUAUGAUUAACAACGAUCGGAACGAUUGCUAACUUUUCUAAAACGAAUUUCGAAUAAAACGUCGAUUCCUUUCCUUCUGGCCUCGAUCCCCGGCGAUAACCAACCGACGUCGUUCUCGCAAGGGCAUUCACUCCACUCCGAUUCAAUUCGAUCUUUUAAUCGUGGCACGAGAGUGGCACCGGCGGACACGUGACGGCUCCAUUCUCCUCCUAUCUCUUUACCCGUCUUUUCUUUAUUAUCGUAUCGCUUAAUAUCGACCCGCCGUCGUAGAUGAUGGAAGAUGAUAGUAACGUAAGGAGGGAUCAUCCGCGUGGGAUCUCAGGCAUUAGGCUAGCAACGGAGGUAUCAUCGUUGCUCUUUAAGGAUAAUGGUCUUUAUGUAGGGUUGGGAGGUUGGUCCGCCAGUGCCACGAAUAAUAAUUUCAUUCGUAUCGGUGAAUAAUCAUCUUAGUUCUAAUAUCAUAUUCGUACGUCUGCAAGAUGAAACGUUUCGCGUCCGAUUCGUAUUCGAAAUCGGUACACGGCUCCUCUUCGUAGUUGAACGUCGAUGGGAUUGAAACGGAACGAGGAUUCGGGAAGAUUCUCGAAGAAUGUCAUCGGACGAGGAUGAAAAGGAGAAGAAUAAAGGAAUCGAGGAGAUUAUGAGUCGCGUAAACGUUUCGGUCAUCCAGACGUAUGAGAAUCGGCAACAUCGCGAAAUGAUUUUCUAACUAUUAGGAUAGGUAUCAUCGACGCAUGGAUCUUGAAUAUCAUUGCGUAAAUACGGCGCGAAUGUUCAACUUGUGUAAUUGAAUAUCAAUAAAGGUACGAAACACAUUCUUACGAUAGUCGAGUUUUUUUCAUUUUCUCAUCCCCUUUAACG